AUGGACCCAAAUAUCGACUCCCGCAAACCCCCUCGGCCCAUCAAAGAGGGACCGUUCGCAGAGCACGACGAAACCGCUGCUGCAAUCCAAGGAACUGUCGACCAUGUUCUAGAUCCAGUCUCGUAUGGCCCUGGUGGCCUUCGGGGCAUUUACCACUCCCCAUAUGUUUUCGGAACGGCCCUUUUGGCCUCACUCGGAGGCUUUUCAAUGGGAUAUGACAUGGGUGUUAUCUCAGUGAUUAAUACUAUGGAGCAGUUCCAUGCUGUCUUCCCACGCGCCGAGUCCGGCUUUGGCGAGGGCCUGAUGACAGGCAUGUUACUGCUGGGCUCCUUUGUAGGGUGUCUCUUCAUGCCGUAUAUGGCAGACAAGAUCUCAAGGAAAUGGGCUUUGACUGUAGUUGUUGUUAUAUUUGAUAUUGGGGCUAUUUUACAGACUGCAGCUGUAAACUACGCUAUGCUAGUAGUCGGGAGGUUCAUUGGGGGCAUCGGCGUGGGAACCCUCGCAAUGGGUGCGCCUCUUUACAUCUCUGAGAUAGCGCCUGCCAAUAUCCGAGGGACUCUAUUGGUUCUUGAGUCUGUUGCCAUUACACUUGGUGUCGUCGUUGCUUUCUGGAUUUCGUUCGCUACAAAAUCUAUGGUUGGGGAAGUUUCAUUUCGACUACCAUUUGGCCUGCAGAUGGUCACCGCAACAGCUUUGGGUGCUGGCAUCCAUUUCUUUCCCUAUUCGCCUCGAUGGCUUGCUCUAGUCAAUCGCCUAGACGAGUGCCGUUCUAGCCUCUCCAAGUUACGAGGCCUUCCAGAGACAGACGAGAGAAUCAAGGAGGAAUAUCGUGGAAUUGUCUCUGAAAUUCAGUUCCAGAAAUUCGUGAUGCAAAAACGCCACCCCGGUGCGAUGGGUAUCAAACUGGAAAUUGUUUCUUGGUUGGACCUUUUCAGUGACAGAAUGUGGAAAAGAACAGCUGUUGCAUGCGGUGUAGGGUUCUUUCAACAGUUCUCUGGCAUUAACGCAUUCAUUUAUUAUGCACCUACUCUCUUCAGCUCCCUCGGCCAAUCCUCUGAAAAGUCUCUGAUUCUCUCUGGUGUUUUCGACAUAUUGCAAUUUAUAGCAUCCUUGGUCUGCAGUGUAGCUGUCGAUCAUGCAGGUCGGCGGUUUCUGGCUAUUGCGGGUGGAUUCGGUUGUUCCAUUGCCUACAUAAUCAUUGCAGUCUUGUCAGGGCUCUACUCCGACGAUUGGAGCGCGAACGUAUCUGCCGGAUGGGCCUGUGUGGCAAUGGCAUUUAUCUUUAUUCUUAUUUAUGGGGUUUCGUACUCCCCUCUCGGAUGGGCUUUACCUGCUGAAGUCUACCCAAACACUUCGCGAUCAAAGGGCGUUGCAUUGGCCACUUGCGUUAUUUGGAUAAGCGACUUUAUUGUUGGCGUAGUCACCCCGACAAUGAUGAAUGACAUUGGUUACGGUACGUACAUUUUCUUCGGGGCCAUGUGCUUCCUGGCUGGUGUCUGGGCGUUCUUCCUUGUACCCGAGACUAGCGGCAAGACUUUGGAAGAGAUUGAUGAGCUUUUUGGCGACUCAAGUGGCCAAGAGGAAACGCAGAUCAUCAGGGAAAACAUAUUGGCAGCUGCUGGUAAUGAGAAUAUUUCGAAGACUGUUUAA